AUGGUCCCCUCUAUCAGCACCUGCAUUGUCCCCUCUAUCUGCACCUACAUGGUCUCCUCUAUCAGCACCUACAUGGUCUCCUCUAUCAGCAUCUACAUGGUCUCCUCUAUCAGCAUCAACAUGGUCUCCUCUAUCUGCACCUACAUGGUCUCCUCUAUCUGCACCUACAUGGUCUCCUCUAUCAGCAUCAACAUAGUCUCUUCUAUCAGCACCUACAUGGUCUCCUCUAUCUGCACCUACAUGGUCUCCUCUAUCAGCACCUACAUGGUCUGUGUACCCUACAUGGUCUGUGUACCCUACAUGGUCCCCUGUAUCUGCACCUACAUUGUCCCCGCUAUCUGCACCUACAUGGUCUGUGUACCCUACAUGGUCCCCUGUAUCUGCACCUACAUGGUCUCUUCUAUCGGCACCUACAUGAUCCCCUCUAUCUGCACCUACAUGGUCUCCUCUAUCUGCACCUACAUGGUCCCCGCUAUCUACACCUACAUGGUCUCCUCUAUCAGCACCUACAUGGUCCCUGCUAUCUGCACCUACAUGGUCUCCUCUAUCAGCACCUACAUGAUCCCCUCUAUCUGCACCUACAUGGUCUGUUUGUACCCUACAUGGACUGUUCUUUGUGCCCCUACAUGA